UUUUUUUUUUUUUUUUGGUACCAUAGAGUUGCUCUGAAAACAGAAGAUAGAGGGAGUCUCGGAGCUCUCGCCAUCUCCAGUGAUCUCUACAUUGGGAAAAAACAUGGAGUCAGCUCCGGCAGCCCCCGACCCCGCCGCCAGCGAGCCGGGCAGCAGUGGCGCGGACGCGGCCGCCAGCUCCAGAGAGACCCCGCUGAACCAGGAAUCCACCCGCAAGAGCGAGCCGCCCGCCCCGGUGCGCAGACAGAGCUAUUCCAGCACCAGCAGAGGUAUCUCAGUAACGAAGAAGACACAUACAUCUCAAAUUGAAAUUAUUCCAUGCAAGAUCUGUGGAGACAAAUCAUCAGGAAUCCAUUAUGGUGUCAUUACAUGUGAAGGCUGCAAGGGCUUUUUCAGGAGGAGUCAGCAAAGCAAUGCCACCUACUCCUGUCCUCGUCAGAAGAACUGUUUGAUUGAUCGGACUAGUAGAAACCGCUGCCAGCACUGUCGAUUACAGAAAUGCCUUGCCGUUGGGAUGUCUCGAGAUGCUGUAAAGUUUGGCCGAAUGUCGAAAAAGCAAAGAGACAGCUUGUACGCAGAAGUGCAGAAACACCGGAUGCAGCAACAGCAGCGUGACCACCAACAGCAGCCCGGGGAGGCCGAGCCGCUGACGCCCACCUACAACAUUUCAGCCAAUGGGCUGACGGAACUUCAUGAUGACCUCAGCAAUUAUAUCGACGGGCACACCCCCGAGGGGAGCAAGGCAGACUCUGCGGUCAGCAGCUUCUACCUGGACAUACAGCCUUCCCCAGACCAGUCAGGUCUUGAUAUCAAUGGAAUCAAACCAGAACCAAUAUGUGACUACACACCAGCAUCAGGCUUCUUUCCCUACUGUUCUUUCACCAAUGGAGAGACUUCCCCAACUGUGUCCAUGGCAGAACUAGAACACCUUGCACAGAAUAUAUCUAAGUCACACCUGGAGACUUGCCAAUACUUGAGAGAAGAGCUCCAGCAGAUAACGUGGCAGACCUUUCUGCAAGAGGAGAUUGAAAACUAUCAGAACAAGCAGCGGGAGGUGAUGUGGCAGCUGUGUGCCAUCAAAAUUACAGAAGCUAUCCAGUACGUGGUGGAGUUCGCCAAACGCAUCGAUGGAUUUAUGGAACUAUGUCAAAACGAUCAAAUUGUGCUUCUAAAAGCAGGUUCUCUAGAGGUGGUGUUCAUCAGAAUGUGCCGUGCCUUUGACUCUCAGAACAACACCGUGUACUUUGAUGGAAAGUAUGCUAGCCCAGAUGUCUUCAAAUCCUUAGGUUGUGAAGACUUUAUUAGCUUUGUGUUUGAAUUUGGGAAGAGUUUAUGUUCUAUGCACCUGACUGAAGAUGAAAUUGCAUUAUUUUCUGCAUUUGUACUGAUGUCAGCAGAUCGCUCAUGGCUGCAGGAAAAGGUAAAAAUUGAAAAGCUGCAACAGAAAAUUCAGCUGGCUCUUCAACACGUCCUACAGAAGAAUCACCGAGAGGAUGGAAUAUUAACAAAGUUAAUAUGCAAGGUUUCUACAUUAAGAGCCUUAUGUGGACGACAUACAGAAAAGCUGAUGGCAUUUAAAGCAAUAUACCCAGACAUUGUACGACUUCACUUUCCUCCAUUAUACAAGGAGUUGUUCACUUCAGAAUUUGAGCCAGCGAUGCAAAUUGAUGGGUAAAUGUAUCACCUAAGCACUUCUAGAAUGUCUGAAGUACAAACAUGAAAAAAAAAAAAUUUAAUCAAGACACUUUAUAUGGCCCUGCACAGACCUGGAGCGCCAACACACUGCACAUCUUUUGGUGAUCGGGGUCAGGCAAAGGAGGGGAAACAAUGAAAACAAAUAAAAGUUGAACUUGUUUUUCUCAUG